CGGCCCCUUGUCGAGACCACCAACAGCUUUCCUGCAGGCAGGGCACCAAGUGGGCUGAGGUACCCAUAUUAGAAGGAGGAGACUGCGCGCCACCUUUGUUUGUCUUUCCGUUCUGUUUCUGUUUUUGUUGGUUGCGCUCUGGCACUCAACCUUGAACCAUAUCGUCACCGAGUUGGAAUUCCAACAUCACGGCCAUGAUCGCCCGAAAAGUAAUCGGCGUGCUCGCCGCCCUAGCCGUCACGGUAGCGGCCCAACACGACCCAGAACCAGUCCCGACAAACACAGGGUCAUCGGGAGGAUCAAGGACGACCUCCGCUUCGUCCGGACCAGCAACACAUACCAUAGCAGUCGGGGCGAACGGCCAUGUCUUCACUCCGAAUAACGCCACAGCCGAGGUCGGCGACAUCAUAAAAUUCACCUUCUACCCUGCCGGGGACAAUCCACACCGCGUCGCCCGCGCCGAGUUCGGGUGGCCAUGUAUCCCCUACGAGUACGCCAACCUCAACAAGCCGGGUUUCUACACCGGCAUCUUUGCGCCCCAAGUCAUCUCCAACGACCCCCCCUCCUACACCGUCCGCGUCAACGACACGGAGCCCAUCUUCUUCUACUGCGCCGCGCCGCACUCGUGCGUCGACUACCACAUGAUCGGCGUCAUCAACCCCAACGCCACCCAGUCGCUCGCCCGCCAGCUCGAGUACGCCGAGGACGCCACCUACCAGCUCAUGCCCGGCGAGCCCUUCCCCUCCGAGACCCCCGUGCCGACCCCGACCCCGGGCGGCCCGCCGCCCGGCGAAGGCGGCGACGACGACGGUGGUGGUGGCGGUGGUUUGAGUGGCGGCGCCAUCGCGGGGAUUGCGAUCGGAGCGGCCGCGGUCCUGAUCCUGGCCGCCGCGCUGGUGUAUCUGUGCGGGCGCCGCGGCGGGUUUGAUAAGGCGUACCGCAAGUCGGCGCUACCGGCCGCGGGGGCCGCUGCAGUCACGGGUGGCGGCGCUGCCGCGCCCGGGUCGCCGGGCAUGGUCGAGGCGAACUAUGCUAAUGCGGCUGGGGUUGGGGUUGGGGUUGGGGCUGCUGGGGUUGCGGCGGCUGGCCAUAACCCCAAGAGCCCCGGCCAGGGCACCGUGUCGACGUAUGAUGGGCGGAACUCGCUGUAUGCGGGUGCGGGUGGGUAUCCGCCGUACGCGGGCACCACGCCGUCGCCUGGUCCGCCGGGGGCGGGGCCCGCGCCCGCGUAUGGGUUUGCUCCCGCCGGGCAGCAUGGGCAUGAGGGGUAUGCGGGUGGCAUGUAUCCGUCUCCGCAUUCGUCGCCUCGCGCGGAUCAGUACACGCCUUUCCUCCAGCCCCAGGCCCAGGCGCCGGUGGAGUUGCCGACGGGGGAUGCGCCUGUGCCGACACAGUCGCCGCCUCCGGGGUAUCAUCAGGGCAGGGAAUCGUAGACGGCAGGCCACGAUGGGCAGGCCUGGCGCGAAGCCAUGAUAUGCUAGAGCUGGGUUGGUUGUGGCUUAGGUCUUUUCUUUCGUCCUUCUAAAUCAGAU